AUGGCCGCCGCAGGGUCCCAGCAGCUCCAGUUCGCGGAGGGCGCUGCUUUCCCCACCUUCCCGGCCGCGCACCCCGGAGGGUCUCUGCUCCCGUCCGCGCACCCCGCCGCCGGGCUGGCCCCUGCGCCCCCGGACUCCCGCGCCCCAGCGGCCGCGCAGUGCUUUCCAAGCCCAAGUCCUGGACCCGCAGUGCAGACCCCGGCUGGCCUGGAUCCGCCCGGGCCCCCUAAAGGCGCGGCCGCCCCGUCGGCGCCGCAGCGUCGUAAGCGCACGUCGUUCAGCUCGGAGCAGCUGCAGCUGCUGGAGCUCGUCUUCCGCCAGACCAUGUACCCCGACAUCCACUUGCGGGAGCGUCUGGCGGCGCUCACGCUGCUCCCCGAGUCCAGGAUCCAGGUGUGGUUCCAGAACAGACGGGCCAAGUCCAGGCGCCAGAGUGGGAAGUCGUUUCAGCCCUUAUCAAGGCGGGAUGUUUUCCUCCAUCGCUCGGCUCCUGGGACUGAAGCGAGAUGUUUGAAGCCAGACCUGCCUCUGGAGGCAGGUGUGAACUGCCCUCCUGAUCCCAGCAGGGCUGGAGGAGGCAUCUGCGCAUCUGGUCCUCAAGGUCAGAGUUUUGAAACCUAUUCACCUCUCUCCGAAGAUGCCAGCUCAAAGUUGGACUCAUGGGAGGAGGACAUCUUUUCUGCCUUAGGUAGUUUUUGA